AUGGGUUUCCCCUUCGAUCACCUCCAAGUAGCAUACACAUGGACUAAAGCAAGACUUGAAAACCUCGUCUUCACCGAGGGGAACCAGAGAGACUUCGGCUGGCGUGUGCACUGGAUCCAGGACCUCAGGGAGUUCCUCUGGAUCUGCUUCUUCGCCUUCUAUGCCUUUCACUGGGCGCUCCUAAUGAUCUACGCCUUCUCAAUCAGUUUCUGCAUCUGGGGGCUCUGUGGCAUCCCUGGCAUCGAUACCUUCUCGCCAGGAUCGGCCACGGUGCCCCCUCCGCAAAAUCUGUCGAUUGUUCCUCCCAGUUCGGAUUUUUCGAGGUUUUUGUUGGUGGCUCACGAGGAGCUCAGGAGCCUGGGGAUGGAUGUUCAUGGCCUGAAGGGUAAUCUGAAUCGGGCGCCGUUUGAGACGCCUGUAGUCAACUCCGAGACCAUCAAAGGACUAGCAAAGUUCUCCAACCGAACCCUUUCCUUCGCCACCCCCAUUUCGAAGUAUUCCUCCGGUGUCUGUAGGCUGAUGGACACCCUGACCCUUGACACCUCCAGCUUCUUAGGCGUUGUCAGUGCCUACAAAGACUGGGAGAAUUGCACAAACACGGCGUAUUGCACCACUUCCUACUCCACCAGCUUCUUUUUCCCCCUGUACGAAAUCGCCUGCAUUGUCAAUUCGCAUUUGCACAUCUCCUGGCUACCCACCUACGCCCCCAGCAGAUACCGCGUACAAAGAAAAAUUCGAUAUGAAUUUCAGCGGUUCUACCCACGACAGAUGAAGCAGCUCCGCGUCCUCCAACAAUUCGCAGAGCACGAAUACCCGGCCUUCCGCGCCCAGGUGGGCAAGCUAGUCUUCGAUUCUCAGGCUGACAUCACCUCCUCAUUGAUGCCGCUCGAAGACCACGUCCGCGAAAUCUACUACUACUUGGGUCCACGGCAGUAUAUGCCCUUUCUAUACCCACAAAGCGUCACGGACAGGCUUCAGGAUAUUACUGAAUUAAAGAAGCACUACAAGGACAUCGGGUUUGCUGUUGGAGUGUGA